AUAUCCGUGUCCAGCUUGCACUGUUUUUCUCUUGAAUUGUACAGCGUGGUUGUUUGGCGACAUGGCGAAGGGACGCGCUGAAAAGUGGAGGGAAAGUGGAGGCCGGGCGAAGCGCGCACAGUCCGUCUGCAGCACAGGCCCCCCAUGAAUCCAUUCGAUGCUUCAUUCGACUCUUGUUACUUGUUUUUUGUCCGCUGCAACGAAACUCGACUCUCUCGUUUUUUUUUCUUCUCAACGACCCGCUCGAAUCUCCAAGAUGGGACCCCCACCACGAAUGCUCUUCAAAAUUACCGUCCUCGGCGACGGCGGUGUCGGCAAGACUGCCAUAACAGUCCAAUUUACCAUGUCUUCUUUCGUCGAGACCUACGAUCCUACAAUUGAAGAUUGUUACCGCAAACAGUGGGUUGUCGACGAGCAGCCUUGUUUACUAGAAGUGUUGGAUACCGCUGGACAGGAGGAAUACACGGCGCUGCGCGACCAAUGGAUUCGUGAAGGCGAAGGAUUCCUCAUCGUAUACUCUAUAACCUCUCGCCCGACGUUCGAACGCGUCGAGCGUAUAGUCGAACGAGUCCUCCGCGUCAAGGACGAAUCCGGUCUACCGCUUCCUUCCCCCUCCUCGAACGACCCGUACGGCUCAAACCGCUCAACACCAACAGCCGCUGGCGGCGGCGGCGGCGGUGGGAUGUGGGCUGCGCGCGUGCCGAUAGUGAUUGUGGGCAACAAGAAGGAUAUGUUCCAUUCAAGAGAGGUAUCAACAGACGAAGGCGCCAGUCUGGCCAGGCGGCUGGGGUGUGAAUUCUUCGAGGCGAGCGCAAAGACAAAUAGUAAUGUGGAGGCUGCGUUCAAGUGUUUGGUCAAGAAGAUCAAGUCGGCAAAACAGGGCGGGGUGGCGGUGCAGGCAGAAAGGAUAGGUGGGAGGAAGAAGAAGCAAAAGUGUGUGGUGCUCUAGGCGGGGGGGAUGGGUUGUUUAAUGACUAUUUUAUUUUGGUGUAUACGAGUGUAACGAGAUUUUUUAACGGUAACUUUUUCCUGCUGUCAUUUUGGGCACUCUUUAUUUUAUCAUCUGUGUAUGGGCAUUCGUGAUGAACCACUGGCAUCUAU